AUGGCACGCUGCUUCAUACCGCGGCAAUGGCGGAUGCCGCGCAUCGUCUACUUCCUGAUGAUCCUCGAGUUCCCCUUCACCGUCGCCAAUCUCGCGCUCUUCGGCAUCGCGUCGCCGAACCUGUACCGGACGAUACUGUGGGCGGAGGGCGGCAAGCUGGGCUUCAAUAGCGAUCCGAGUACGGUGCUGUAUGCGGCGGCGAAUUAUCGGCCGGUGCAUACGCCGCUGGUGUGGAGUAAUUUCAACACGCAGUACAACCUCGUAAUCGGCGUGCUAUGCAUGUUCUUCUACCUCACCAAAGUCACCAUGUGGCUCCUCCACGUCCUCUUCCCCAUCCUCUCGCUGCCUCUGCACCUCGCGCUCAUGGCUCUCUGGGCCGUCAGCAUCCACACGCAGACCGGGCCCGACACCAUCGACCCCGAGCGCGCGAACCACGGCGCGCCCUGGUACAUUACCAAGAACUGCAAUAUCAUGGAGGACAAGACGAUCCGCGGGUACUGUAUGCAGGCGAAGAGCGCGUUCGCUGUGAGCGUGGUCAUGCUCGCCAUCAUGGUCGCCCACAUAAUCCUGGCGCUCUGGUCCCUCUACCCCACCCCGGAAGCGCGCCUCGCGCACGAAGCCAAGCUCGCCGAAAAGCGCGCGCAGAAGGAAAAAUGGGAGUCCUCGCCCUACGACAACGAGAUGACGGCCGACGAGCAGUGGCAGCACAUGUGGGAGCUGCAACAGCUGCCGCGGACACCGGGGACGGCGACGAGCUUCAGGACGCCGAUGACGCCGAUGACGCCGAGGACUAAGGCGUUUAGCGCGUUGGAUGGUGCAGUGCAGGGGUAUUACGGAGGUGAUGUGAAGGGCGUGGGCGCGCAGGGGCAGUAUGUGCAGGGGCAGUAUGUCCAGCAUAGUAGUCCGAUCCAGGAGCGGGAUGAGUGGGUGUAUGAUGGGAAGGGGAAGGGGACGGCGAUGUAG